AUGCUGUCUUUAUCGAUCGAGAACAUUAUCGUUCUUGGCCAUUUUCUCCUUUCUACUCAGCAUAACACUUCUUCUUCUUCUUCUUCUUCUUCUUCUUCUUCUUCUUCUUCUUCUUCUUCUCACUUAUUAUUAUUAUUAUCAUUAUUAUUAUUAUUAUUAUUCCCACCCAAGUGUUCAUAUGGCAGUCCCCCUCUUAUAAGGUCCAGAUAUUUUAAUAUUUUUCCGCCCCUCUUAUGCCCUUUCUCAGCCCUUCUUAUAAGGUCCAGAUAUUUUAAUAUUUCCCUCAGCCCCUAUAAGUCUGUUUAUCUAUCUAUCUAUCUAUCUAUCUAUCUAUCUAUCUAUCUAUCUAUCUGCUGUUCUGCGUUAUCUAUCUAUCUAUCUAUCUAUCUUAUUAUGUUAAUACUUAUCUAUCCAUCUAUCUGUCUAUUUUAUUAUGUUAAUACCUAUCUCUAUCUCUAUCCCUCUCUCUCUAUUUAUCUCUCUCUACCUAUCUAUCUAUCUAUCUAUCUACCAAACUAUCUAUCUGCUUCUUCUUUUGGACUGCUAGUUUCUCUCUCCUCACCCUAUCUAUCUAUCUAUCUAUCUAUCUAUCUAUCUAUCUAUCUCUAUCUCUCUCUCUCACUCUCUCUCUCUAUCUAUCUAUCUAUCUAUCUAUCGAUCUAUCUAUCUAUUCUCAGUCUGUCCGUAUCUAUCUAUUCUCAGUCUGUUCAUAUCUAUCUAAUUUCAGUCUGUUCGUAUCUAUCUAUCUAUCUAUCUAUCUAUCUAUCUAUCUAUCUAUCUAUCUAUCUAAUUUCAGUCUGUUCGUAUCUAUCUAUCUAUCUAUCUAUCUAUCUAUCUAUCUAUCUAAUUUCAGUCUAUUCCUAUCUAUAUAUCUGCCUGCCUAACAUUCUCGAUGAAAUAAAUGGCAAAAUAGGAACUGCCCGUUUCUCUCUCCUCACACUCUCUCUCUCGCUAUCUCUCUCUAUCCCCCCUCUUUCUCUCUCUCUAUCUCUUUAUCUAUCUAUCUAUCUAUCUAUCUAUCUAAUUUCAGUCUGUUCGUAUCUAUCUAUCUAUCUAUCUAUCUAUCUAUCUAUCUAUCUAUCUAUCUAUCUAUCUAAUUUCAGAACUGCUCGUUUCUCUCUCCUCACACUCUCUCUCUCGCUCUCUCUCUCUAUCCCCCCUCUUUCUCUCUCUCUAUCUCUUUAUCUAUCUAUCUAUCUAUCUAUCUAUCUAUCUAUCUAUUCUCAGUCUGUUCGUAUAUAUCUAUUCUCAGUCUGUUCAUAUCUAUCUAAUUACAGUCUGUUCGUAUCUAUCUAUCUAUCUAUCUAUUUUAUUUCAGUCUGUUCGUAUCUAUCUAUCUAUCUAUCUAUCUAUCUAAUUUCAGUCUCUUCGUAUCUAUCUAUCUAA